AUGCGUGUCACCAGCUCCGCCAUUCUGCUCUGUGCAGUCAAAGUUGUCAGUGGAGUUGCCUUUGAACCGAGACAGGCUGCAAGUUGCACUCCUGGCAUCAAGCUAGCAAACUACAAUGACUUGCCCGCCAUAGCUAUCGAUGAUGGCAAUACCGGCCUGACCAAUUUCAACCCGUACCUCGACCUCAACUACACCCGCUUCAGCGUCAUCGCUGCACAGCCUGACAACAAACUUCUCUUCUAUUCCUUGUCCCAAAUCUCUAGUGGCCCACUGGCCGUUGUCCAGGCCGCGCUCGUGGCACUGCUAGGGCCUUUGGGUGGAAUCCUGCCCCCUAUUCUGGCCCCACCGAGCAUCAUCGGUGCCACACCGCGCACUACCUUCAGAAUCAACAGUUUCCAGUUUGGCUGCAGCAUCCGAGCUGGCGGCGCGGCCACGGUCAUACCAUUCAGCUGUCGAGUCACUGUUCGGCCGGUCGAGCCGUCCCGCGCCGGCGAGUCUGCGACUUGUACAUACACUGCUAACCCGACAAGUCCUCCGGUAUUCCAAACCUGCAAUGUCAAUCUGGCCGCAGGUGUAGGGUACAAGUUCCAGACUGUAGCCACAGUCUCAAUCCCCGAGUUCGCACAGCUGUCAUCGCUCAUUAACGCUGCUGCGGAGAACUUCUUGGUCACCGGUCUCGAUAACUUAUCAUACACUGAGUUCUGUGCUCCCUAG